AUGGCGUUGAAAUUCGCCCCUUUCAACUCGGAGAUUGAGCUUCCCUUUUACUCUGCUUUAUCACAGUCCAAGAUAGAUCAUGACAAGCUUGACGACUCAGCGCGGACCGUCCUCGGUCUCUAUGAGCCUCGUGUAACGGAUCCAGAUUCAAGUGUCCGAAUGAGGGUCCUUGGAAACGCCCUCACCAGUGAUGAUGUUCCACCUAAUCAUGUACGAGCUGAAGGCAAGAUCAAAAACGUAAACACGAUCGAGGACUUUAAGAACUGUGAUAAAACAGUAAUACUUCAUACUGCUGCUAAGCAGAUAUGGGACGCGAUUAACGAUGGCACGAUAUACUCUAUACCCUCUCUUUUGUCUUCUUUUACGAUUCUGUCUUUUGCAAAUCUGAAAAAAUACACAUUUACUUACUGGUUUGCAUUUCCUGCACUUCACUCUGAUCCUGUGUGGAAAAUGGCCUCAGAGCAACCGGAGCAGCUCAACGGUCAAGACACUAGCGAUCUUGUAGAAGAGGUGGGGACCUGGAGGUAUGGCACUGACCAAAGAGAGCAUGGUUUCUUUCUUGCAAAGAAAGUCCCACUCAGCUCUGGUGGAGAGGAACGACCACCAACCCCAGGAACCCCAGGAUCUGGCUUAAGCUAUAGGUGGGUUAUUGGAUCUUUACGACAGUUUGAAAGCGGGUUCUUUCGUGGAGUCCCAAAAGAAGAUCAGUAUGUCGUGUUCGUUGAUCCUUCAACGUAUCCGGACCAUCCUGGAUGGAUGCUGAGAAACUUUUUGGUGCUCAUCAAACGACGAUUUAAGCUCGACAAGGUCCAAAUUCUAAGUUAUCGAGACACUCACUCUAAGCGGCACGAAGCGCGAAGUCGUGUAUUUCUCCUGGAAACCCAGCCUGGAGAUAUACAAUCGAACGAGAUGCCCCGCGUCACUGGUUGGGAGCGCAAUAGUCUUAGCAAGCUGAGCCCGAAGGUCACUAGUCUCGCACAAUACAUGGACCCUACCCAGCUUGCAGAUCAGGCUGUUGACUUGAACCUGAAGCUCAUGAAGUGGCGAAUUGCCCCUGAUCUGAAUCUGGAAAAGAUCAAAGAAACAAAGUGCCUUCUUCUUGGUGCGGGAACUCUCGGUUCGUAUGUCUCUCGGGCUCUGAUGGCUUGGGGAGUGCGGAAAAUCACGUUUGUCGACAAUGCAAACGUUUCAUAUUCGAAUCCGGUCCGUCAACCACUAUUCGACCACAAAGACUGCAUUAACGGUGGUGCCAAAAAGGCAUAUCGUGCAGCAGAGGCACUUCAAGAGAUUUACCCUAAUGUUGAUAGUACUGGGCACGUCCUGGGUGUGCCUAUGCUAGGUCACCCAAUUGAAGAUGAACAAAAUACCCGACUUGACUUUGAGACGCUGGAAAAGCUUGUCAAUGAUCACGAUGCUAUUUUUCUGCUGAUGGAUACACGGGAGAGUCGAUGGCUUCCUACAGUCAUGGGCAAAGCGGCUGGGAAGAUUGUGAUGAAUGCGGCUUUGGGUUUUGAUACUUAUGUGGUGAUGAGACAUGGUGUUACUGCUGCAGACGGUGGACCUGCUGCCCUGGGAUGCUAUUUUUGUAACGAUGUUGUGGCACCAGCAGAUUCUGUCAAAGAUCAGACCUUGGAUCAGCAAUGUACCGUGACUCGACCGGGAGUUGCUGCUAUGGCUUCAAAUCUACUUGUAGAAGUACUGGUUUCCCUUCUUCAGCACCCGCUUGGCGCACAGGCCCCAGCACCAGUUGCUAUUACCAACAAUGAGACCGCGUCUAUUUCAUACGAAAGAGAUCCACCAGAGCAUCCUCUUGGUAUUGUUCCACAUCAAAUUCGUGGCUUUCUAUCCACGUUCCAGAACAAGAUCAUCAGCGGGCAGUCAUAUGACUGUUGUUCUGGAUGUUCCCCUAAGAUCGUUAACGAAUACAAGCGUCAGGGGUGGGAGUUUGUCAAACGCGCGCUCACAGAACCAAAAUAUGUGACUGAGCUUAGUGGGCUGGCAGAAGUGCAACGAGCUGCUGAAGCUGCUGCAGACAACCUUGACUGGGAUAGCGAGGAGGGAACUGGAGAAGAAGAGGGAGAGGGCUGGCUCUCGAAAAACUAG